GUAUAGUAGCUUGUGUUGAAACGCCCAACUAUAACAAAGUCUCCAUACUGUCUCCUCUGCCUCCCUGAGAUCUCUCUCUCUCUCUCUCUCUCUCUAGAUCCACCUUCCUAGAUAGCUCGCACAUCAUAGAUAAAUCUUCAGCUCCGGCUAGCCGUCGUGUGGGUGCAAGCUCUGCUGAACGUGUGUGCCGUCAUGGUUCGCGGGAAGACCGUGAUCAAGCGGAUCGAGGACACGACGAGCCGGCAGGUGACCUUCUCCAAGAGAAGGAGCGGACUGUUCAAGAAAGCCAAUGAGCUGGCCAUCCUCUGCGAUGCUCAGGUUGGCGUGCUCCUCUUCUCUAGCACCGGCCGCCUCUAUGACUUCUCCAGCACCAGCAUGAAAUCUAUGAUCGAAAGAUACAACCAGACGAAGGAGGGUCAUCAACUCAUGAGUGCGAGUACCGAGUCCAAGUUUUGGCAAGCGGAGGCAGCACGAUUGAGGCAGCAACUACAUAACUUGCAAGAAGAUCAUAGGCAGUUGGUGGGACAAAAUCUUUCUGGCCUAGGAGUUAAAGACUUAAAGUGUUUAGAGAACCAGCUGGAAAUGAGCCUCCAUAGCAUUCGGCUAAAGAAGGAUCAACUUAUGAUUGACCAAAUUCAAGAGCUAAACAAGAAGGAAAGCAUUUUGCAUGAAGAAAACAAGGAACUACGUCAUAAAUUGAACAGCAUUCGCCAGGAGAACGUGAAUUUGCAGAAAAAGGUACAUGGACAGAUAGGAGUAGAUGGGGGGCAGAAUAGUUCUGCCAUUGACUACAAUAUUGCUGUCCCAGAGGAGGAUAUGACUCCAGUUCGUCUUGGACUUAGCCAAGCACAGCACGUAGCCAAAGAGAAACCGGAAGCAACAGCCUCGGGGUGAAUGCUCUAUGUUAACCUGAUAUACUACUCUGUUUUGAUCUAAAUGCAUAAUAAAAUAAUGUCUGUUCACUAAAUUUUCAUCAUACUUCGACUGCAUUGAUUAGAAGAACCACCAGGAGACUUAGAAGCAUACUAGAAGCACUAUCAGCCCACCUGCUACUGUUUAAGUGCGAAUUAUGUGUAAACAAUUGCAUGAACUGUAGUCCAUUUCUCUCUGAAUACCUUAGUAAUGUAUCUGUAUCAUUCUUUCACAUACAUUAUGUAUUUGCAGUGAAAGCAUAUUAUAAAUGUCAUAUCUCGAGUUAAAGUUGAAA